GCAAAAAUCACCCAUGUUUCCCGGAGCCAUGGUGAUUCACCGCCAUGUUCGCUACCGAUUCACGCCCUCUGGGAGGUCCUCCCAGCCCGCAGCACAUCCGACAUUGCGUGUGGCUGGUGCUGCCGCCACUCGCUGGAUCGGACGUCCCAGACUGGCCAUGGUGGUGCUGGGACGUCAGCUGAAAAAACGCUCGCGUUUGCGCGGCCAUGCGAAUCAACAGGAGUCAGCGGCCGAGACAUGUGCCACCAGCAUCGCGUCGCGCCAGGCGGUUUCAGUGGUGCAGAAAUUGGGGGACGAUUGGCUCAUGGCUCGAAUUAUCAAGGACUAUGCUCGCGCCGGUGAGCUGGAAUGGGCAGAUGCUUUGGGCCAAGAAUGGAUGUCCAAAACAGCAGAAGGCAGUCGCGACAGCAGCCCCUUCUGGGUGAAGACUGCCGUGCUUCUUGCAAAGGCCUGGAUGCGAAGCGACCUUUCCGAGAAGAACUUGCGGAAGGCAGAAACGUGGCUGGAGCGGGCUGGCCACCAGCCAGCGCUGGAGCACCUCAUCCAACAAGCCAGGACGUCCAAACGGGCACUCAAGUGGCUGAAUGCGUCCCGGAAGCUGUCGGAGUCUCACUUUGACAUGAAGAGCGUCUCCCAGCUGGAGCAAUUCCUCUCUGAGGUGAGCCAGGUGGAUGAGGCUGAAGGGAUGAUGUGGGCCAUGAUGGCUGCCAGACUCAGGCCGCCGCGGAUGGCAUUCCUUUCGCUCAUCUCCGCUCAUGCAUCGCGGGGACGCUUGAGUUCUGCUGAGAUUUGGGCAGUGCAAAUGUCGGAAGCAAGGCCUUCCGAACAUCACCUGCUGGCAGAAGCUUUCGCACGCCUGCAAUGCCCCUCCGAAGCAGAGGGAUGGCUUUCCAGGAUGUAUCUUUCACGCCUGGCGCCAGAAGAGAACACUGUUGUUGAAGUAGUCAAUAGCUAUGCGAAGUCACUCCGCCCAUUUGCCGCAGAGGCGACGCUGCAGCGUGCUAGCCAGACGCGUGUGGAGCUGGGGAUUCGGAGCUAUGCAGCGGUGACCGAGGCGUUCCUUGUUGCAGACAAAGUGGACUCUGCAAAGGCCUGGUUGAGCAAAGCAUUCGCGGUGGUGAAGAGCUCUCCGUGGGCUGAUGCCUUGAGGGUGGCAGCUCAUGAGCCAACUCUCAAUGCCCCUGAGGCUGUGAUGGCUACGCGCUUGAGCCCGGAUGAGGUGCGACUUCAGCAACUGCUGCAGCGUCUCGGUGACCGAUGAUCCGCACAGCCGAUCCCAGCUCCCGGGCCCCGGUGCCCUGAUGGACAUCCUGGACGCAGAUGGAGACUACGCCAUCUUCCGGUGUGUCUGGCCAUGACGAGUUGAAACAUGAACAUCAUGAAACAACAUGCCCAACCACAAGGUGUGGCAUCUAGCGGCCGGGUGCCAAAAACCGAAGAAGCGAUUUGCAAAAGGAUGGAAAA